UGAAAUCCCUUUCCCCGGUGGCGCUGUGAGAGUGCGGUACCUAGUGGAAGGCUGUACGCAUCUGCUGGUGAUGCGAGCGACAUGCGUGCCCAAGCACACGGAGCGGACGGCGAAGGAGGCUAGAGUCACUUCUGCAGGAGAAGUUUGCUACAGAUAGUUUAUCAUCUAAAAUAUUUUGUGGUUUUGCAUAGUUCAGUUCCACGUUUUCCUCGUCGUCUCGCUCUUUGAUAUUGUUGCCUCAUAAAACGCGAAGAGUGAAGUGAUACCCGUAGUAUACUCGACGAACGUGCAACAACUCAGGAGCAUGGGGACCCUCAGAGACCUCCAGUUUGCCCUGCAGACGAAGAUCGAGGAGCUGAGACAGCGCGACACCCUCAUAGAUGAGCUGGAGCUGGAGCUGGACACUAAAGAUGACCUCAUCAGGCAACUCCAGGGAGAGCUGGACCGUCACCGCUCUGCCGCCAGCCAGUCGUCCUCCUCUGGGCCACCAGACAUCUCGGGUGGAAGUGUGCCCCCAGCCCCCCCAGAUGAGCCUCAGCGCACCAAGCGGCAGGCCAUCUCUGCAGAGCCCACGGCCCUGGACCCCGCUCAGCUCACCCAUGUCACCCUUACCAACUACAGCAAGAGCAAAGAGUCCUCGGAGUUGAUUCAGAGAGCUCUCCUGGAUAACGAUUUCAUGAAGCACCUGGAACAGAGCCAGAUCCUCACCAUCAUGGACUGCAUGCAUCCGACGACCGUCGCCCAAGGGUGCUGUGUCAUUCAGGAGGGAGACGACGGCUCCCUUGUUUAUGUGCUUGAAGAGGGGGUGGUGGAGGUGACCAAAGGUGGACAGAAGCUGUGCACCAUAGAGCCAGGAAAGGUGUUCGGGGAGCUGGCCAUCCUGUACAAUUGCACACGUACUGCUACAGUUACAGCACUCACCGAUAUCAAGCUGUGGGCCAUUGACCGACAGGGCUUCCAGACUAUUAUGAUGAGGACAGGGCUGAUCAAGCACUCGCAGUACAUGGAGUUCUUGCGCAGUGUGCCUUCCUUCAAGACCUUGACAGAGGAUGUUUUGAGCAAAGUAGCCGAUGUUCUGGAGGAGACACACUACAGCGACGGAGAUUACAUCAUCCGACAGGGGGCCACAGGCGACACAUUCUUUAUCAUCAGUGAAGGCCAGGUGAAGGUCACCCAACAGAAGAGUCCCAAUGAGGAGCCAGUGUUCCUGACCACACUCUCCAGAGGCGACUGGUUUGGAGAACAGGCCUUGAAGGGAGAAGAUGUACGCACUGCAAGUGUGACAGCUGUGGGAGAUGUCACUUGUCUCGUCGUGGAUAGAGAGUCUUUCAAACAACUGAUUGGGGGACUGGAAAAUGUCAGCAAUAAAGUGUAUGAGAGUGAGGAGGUCAAGGCAAAGGUGGAGGCUGAAGCUGCGUUUUUCUCCACGCUGUCCCUCGGUGACUUCAAUGUCAUCUGUACACUCGGAGUGGGUGGCUUCAGUCGCGUGGAGUUGGUUCAGCUGAAGAAUGACCCCAGCCGCUCGUUUGCUAUGAAGAUGCUGAAGAAGCGACACAUCCUUGACACCAGCCAGCAAGGCCACAUCCUGUCAGAGAGGCGCAUCAUGCUGGAGGCUCACAGCCCCUUCAUUGUUAGACUUUACCGCACCUUCCGAGAUGCCAAAUAUCUGUACAUGUUGCUUGAAGCCUGUCAGGGAGGCGAGUUGUGGACACUGCUGAGAGACCGGGGAUCAUUUGAUGAUGGCACCACACGUUUCUACACAGCCUGCGUGGUUGAAGCUCUUGCUCUUCUUCAUUGUCGAGGGAUCAUAUACAGGGACUUGAAGCCAGAAAAUAUCAUUCUGGAUCACCGUGGAUAUGCCAAGCUGGUCGACUUUGGCUUUGCCAAACAGGUGGGAUUUGGGAAAAAGACAUGGACCUUCUGUGGGACCCCAGAGUAUGUGGCUCCAGAGAUCAUUUUGAACAAAGGCCACGAUGCAUCUGCAGACUGCUGGUCCCUAGGCAUCCUCAUCUUUGAGCUCCUCAGUGGGAGCCCACCUUUCUCAGGCCCUGACCCCAUGAAGACCUACAACAUUAUCCUUAGAGGAAUCGAUAUGGUGGAGUUUCCAAAGAAAAUCACCAAAAGUGCAGCUAAUUUAAUCAAAAAACUCUGCAGAGAUAAUCCUUCUGAAAGGCUCGGGAAUCAAAAGAAUGGGGUGAAGGACAUUCAAAAGCACAAGUGGUUCGAGGGGUUCAACUGGGAUGGCAUCCGCAAGGGCACCCUUACAGCUCCCUUUGUGCCCACUGUUGAUGGCCCUCUGGACACCAGUAACUUUGACUGUUUCCCAGAUGACCAGGAGGAUCCUCCACCUGAUGUAGAGACGGGAUGGGAAGUGGAAUUCUGAAUGAACUCAACUAGGGUGUGUACUGAGUGAAACAGUGCUCAGACAUUCAGACUCACUGUCUCUGAAGAACAUGUGGACAACACAUGCUCUAGCAGUCCUCUACAGCAGUGUUUUUCAACCACUGUGCCGGGGCACACUAGUGUGCCGUGAGAGAUCAUCAGGUGUGCCGCAGAAAAUUACCUAAACGUCACUCACUGGUCCAGAAAAGCAACUGUUGCAUCAAAGAAUUUAUAACCACAUGCACUCAUUGAUUGUAUGAUUGCACUAUUUGUGGUAUGCAGGUUUAGCGCUCGUAGACCUGGACCAGUAAUUCAAGCACUAAACUUCAACCUAGGCUCGGGAGAGGGGUAUGCUUAAAUGGACUAACUCACAAGAGGAAUUAAUAAGUUGAACAAUUGACAGUUUUAUUGCUUCCAAAACAGCAGUGUGGGUACACAGCAUUGAAUAGGCAAAAUAUAAAUGAAAUGAUAAGGAAGAGCUCUUCAAACAAAUAAAGUAUGAAAAUCAAAGAAAACAUAGAAUUUAAGCCCCUUAUUCCUGUAUGUACGGAUUCAAGAAAGAGCUGUAAGAAAAGUGUAUAUCAGUUCCUGUAUGAAAAGUAGGGCUGCAGCUAUCGAUUCUUUUUGUAAUCGAUUAAUCUAGCACU